UGAGUGGAAGCAGUGCAGUGACACAUGUGUGCUUCUGAAACCUGCUUCAGUUCAGUCACAAGGACAUGAAACUACAGCUGUGGACUUUGUGCAGGAAGAUGGAAGUGUUGGUGGUGUUUGUGAUCCUCAUCCACGUUUCCCAGCAUGCAUCAGCUGUAGUGGUGCAGGCGUAUGAGGGGAUGGAGUCGGUCCUGCUGCCCUACCAGUAUUCUGGCAUGUUACCGGAGGUUCCUUCAGUGGUUUGGAGACGCUCUGAUCUCAACCAAACAGUCAUCCACCUGCUUAAAGACAAAAGUGGCGAUGUGAAAAAGGAAUACCGUUACAGUGAGCGCACGUCAAUGAAGACCAACGCUCUGGAUUCUAGAGACUUCAGCCUCACUCUGAAGAAACCACAACUGUCUGACAGCAGCAACUACACCUGUAACCUCCAAUGGGAAACCGAGUGGAAGGAGACUAAAGAACGGAGACUGAUACAAGUACAGCUGCAGGUCAAAGAUGACGAGGAGGAGGUGGAGGUCCAGCAGGGGGCGGAGUCUAUCCAGCUGCCUUGUAAAGCCUCAGCUGAUCUGCCUGAAGACACCACAGUGGAGUGGACUCACUUUGAUCCACAACUGGUGGUGGUCCAUGUGUACCAGAAUAAAGCUGAUGAUCUUCAAACACAGGCCAGGUUUUACUGUGGCCGCACAGAGAUGAAUAAAGACAUGAGUCUGACUCUGAAAAACCCCACAGACAGAGACGGAGGUGUGUAUAUCUGCACCGUCUACAGGGAAGGAGAUGUCCUGAGGUCUAAAGUCCUGCUCCAGGUGGUCCAAGGUCAGUGCUGGGAUAGACCACAUGAAACAGCUCCAGUCUGAAAACACACACCUUCUUCUGCAGCUCACACUUCUGGGUCUAAAACAUUAAAUAUGGAGAUCCAUGUCCUGAUGCCA